GAAAGUACCACUAUAUCUAUAUGCAUGGUCUUUUAUUACUGAUUGAUAAUUGUUUCUGGAGAAAUUGACCAUGUCUACGAGGGUUCAUGUUGGCAUUGAGAUGGAGGAUCACACGGCUUCGGGAGAUGCGGUUUCUCACCGAAAUUACGCUCAAGUUUUUGGUGACAAAGUGAGGAGGUUUCCGGGGUUGUUGUGGCAUUCAACCUGCAAGUUUGGUGGAUUUUUUAAGAAUUAUCUUGAGAGGUUUGAUCAGAGAGUGUGGAAAUUUCUGGGUUCAUGGUGGCAUACAAUUUGGAAGGUGGGUGAAGAAGAUUAUCGACGAGUGAUUCAUGCUCUGAAAGUUGGGGUUGCAUUAACACUGGUUUCACAGUUGUAUUUGAUUGAUCCAUUGUAUAAAAGGUUUGAUGACAGUGGCAUUUGGGCUGUGAUGACUGUGGUUGUUGUGCUUGAGUUCAAUGCAGGUGCAACUUUUUACAAAGGAUUGAAUAGAGGAUUGGGAACAUUUUCAGCAGGAUUCUUAGGCUGCUUCAUUGAAUAUAUUUCAGACGCCUCCGGUCAUAUUUUCCGAGCUGUUUUCAUUAGUGUUGCAGUUUGUCUAGUAGGAGCUGGAGCUACAUACAUGAGAUUCGUUCCUUCCAUAAAGAAGAACUAUGACUAUGGUGUUGUGAUAUUCCUUUUAACCUUUAACUUGAUUACCUUAUCAAGCUACCGUGUUGACAAUGUAUUGAACAUCGCAAAAGAACGAUUUUACACCAUCGGCAUUGGCUGUGGCAUCUGCCUCUGCAUGACUCUUUUGAUCUUUCCUAUUUGGUCAGGCCAAGACCUCCACAAUUCCACUCUCACCAAACUCGAAGGCCUCGCUAAAUCCAUCGAAGCUUGUGUGAAAGAAUAUUUCAAUGAUAAUGAUACUGAAGGAGUAGGCCAAGAAAUAGAUGAUAUUAUCUACCAAGGUUACAGGGUUGUUUUGGAUUCCAAAUCCAAUGAUGAAACUCUUGCAGUUUAUGCGAGCUGGGAGCCUAGGCACGCUAAACACAAAAUUCCAUGUAACCAAUAUCUGAAACUGGGAACAGUUCUUCGCCAAUUUGGAUAUACAGUUGUUGCUCUUCAUGGAUGUUUGCAAACUGAAAUUCAGACUCCGAAAUCGGUUCGAGCCCUCUUCAAAGAUCCAUGCAUUCGCCUUGCCUGCGAAGUCUCAAAAGCGCUUACAGAACUUGCCAGUAGUGUUAAAAAUCACCGCCACUGCUCCCCGGAGAUACUCUCCGAUCACCUCCAUGAAGCCAUAGAAGACCUCAACACCGCCAUAAAAUCUCAGCCGAGGCUGUUUCUUGGAGCCGACGAGAACCAUGCUGGCAACAUGCUAGCCCUAGCAGCUGCACAUGCAACGCAAAAGCAACAAAAAGAAAAAGAAGCAAAAAUAUCAUUAUCGAGCGUAAAAACCGACUCUUCUGCGUUGCUCGAAUGGAAAACGAAGAGAAAAACCGACCCCUCCACGUUGCUAGAAUGGAGAGCCAAAAGGGCACCCGAAGCCGACCGGAAGACGUUGAGGCCACAGCUGAGUAAAAUUGCAAUAAUGAGCCUUGAAUUCUCGGAAGCGCUUCCUUUUGCUGCUUUUGCUUCUUUGCUGUUGGAGAUAGUGGCGAGGCUCGAUGGUGUCAUUGAGGAAGUUGAAGAACUGGGGAGAGUUGCAGGCUUCAAAGAGUUCAACCAUGGUGAUGAUCGGAUCAUUGUGACUUGUGAAAGGCCGUCUGAAAGGGAUAAUCAUUUGCCUUCACAUGCCGCAGAAUAA